AUGUUGGCAACAUUAAACUGUUCUGGGAGCCGCGUCGGAAUUAGUUGCCAUUGUUUGUUCAAGGUUGGCACCUUAGUUAUGAAAACGAGGAAUUAUCGGCUUAUCUCUUUUUGAGCGCAUGAUUGGAUUUUGCUGAUAUUGUUUUCUUAAGAUUGGCAGCUUGGUUGUAAAGUUAUUUUAGGCAUUUUAGAUCUUUCCCAGCUUUUGAUCUUCAAGUUAGUGGGAGAAGCUUUCAAAAAGAACUAUUCGUAACUUUUUCAGGGAAUAAAAAAAUGAGUUGAGGGAAAAAUUUUCAAUUUUUUAUCUUCCAAAGACCUUCCAACUGCCUUCUAGGCACCUUCUAGCUUCCAUCCACCUUUCAACCUCCUGCUGGUUACCUUCCCAACACCUCACCAGGAUUCGCCUGACUCUCAACCCUAGGAAGGUAGUUGGAAGGUAUUUGAAAAGGGAAAAUGAAAAAUGUCAGAAGCCUUCCAGGAGACUACCUUCUGAAAACCUAUCGAUAACCUUCCCAAGACCUUCAAGCUUUCAUUCACCUCUCAACCUCCUGCUGGUUACCUUUUUAGGAUUCACCUGAGUAGGAGAAGCUGAAAAAAACGAAUGAUUCAAGUUGUAACUUGUUCAGAAGAGUUGGAGAAAUCUGUUGCGAAAAUAUGUUUCAUAAAACAUUUCAUUUUUCUCGUCUCUGCUGAGCCGUCUCCGAUAUUUUUUAAAAUUAGAAUUUUAGCACAGCUCAGCUCUCAGAAAAAAAACGGCACUAAAUAGUUUUCAGAAUAACCGCAAAUGAUCACAAAAUUAUUUUUUUUCCUGUCAUAACUACAGCUUUUGAAGUAUCGAUACGACUAAAUCAUUAUUGAAUUUCCCCAAUUUUUCGAGAUUUUUUUAGUAGAUUUGAAAAUCACAUUUUUUUCAAAGAAUUAUAGAUAUUUCAACAAAAAACAUUUUUUGAGUUUUGUUUUCCUGGUGAAAAAAACUCAAAAGUCCAAAAACCGGAAUCAUACAUCCAGAGACAUUUUUUGAUAAUACGGAAAAUUAUCAGGAGAAGAAAAGAGCAGUAGACCUGUCAAAUACGAGAAAAAAAAUGGGGUGUUGAUAACAACCCUGCAAAACUACUACAAAAAGCGCAGGGUCAGACUCAGUUCCUCAAUCUUUUCGCAAAAAUGUUCGCUUCCAAUUUUGGCAAAGGGCUUCUCCGUCGCUGCGGACAGGUAUGAAAUUCGUUUUUUCGAGAGAAUCGGAAUUUUUAAAGCUCCGAGAUGUUUACUUCAAUACCAUUUUAUAACAAAAACGAAAAAAAAAUUUAAAAUAAUGAAAGUUAGUAUUUGAAUAAAUUGGUUCGAAUAAAAAAACUUCAAGUUAUCGUUUUUAAAUAAAAAAAAAAAAAGGCGUCGUCAUGAUACUGCGUUUUUUCUUACGCUGUAGAUAACAUCAGUAAACCUGAACCAGAAAAAAAUUAGGGCUAAAAAGUUAAAAACCGCGUUUUUACAACGCCCUUUUUGCGUAAAGUGUAGUGUUUCGUCUGCAUGCACUGCGGCGUACUCGCACAUACCGUGUUCAAAUUAAUUCUGGCAAAAUUCAAAAUCUUUGAAUUUUUUUUAAAUCAGUUAUAUUUUCCCCUCUCUGGCGGCUAUUUUGAAUUUUGCGGUAGCACUUCUAAAAAAAGCAACAGUAAAAUUGCGGGUUACUGAGAAAUCGAUUCGUCUCAUGACCCAUUGAACAUGCUCCUUUAAUAUUCUCUGGUGCUUACGCUUGUUUUUCAUGACGUCACAUGGGGAAAGCGAAGGUUUUGACUCCGCCCAAUUCAUUUUUCUUUGAAUGAACUAUAACCGUUUUUUCAUGGGCAUUUUUCUUAGUUUUUGUACGGUCUAAACGUCUGAACCCUCUUUUCUCCUAGUUUCAUCCGAUCGAAACUAUUUUUUCUCUUGAAUUUCAUUUUCUAACCCUUGAUUUACUCAGAACCAAGCCGCGUUCAACUUUGCCCGCUUCCUGGCCUCGAUCCCGACCACGCAAAGAGCCCUCUACUUCGAAAAGUACAACGGACCACUGGAAGUGAAGAAGAUCCCCGUGCCGAAGCCAGCCGAAGACGAACUUCUCGUCCGGAUCCGCUACUCGGGAAUCUGCCACACCGACCUGCACGUUUGGCUUGGCGACCUGAAGGCCUACAGCAAGGAGAAACUUGUUGGAGGCCACGAAGGAGCUGGAGAAGUCGUUAAAGUUGGGUCGAAGGUCGCCGGUUGGAAGAAUGGCGAUUUGGCUGGCAUCAAGGUUUUUUUCUCACGUUUCUACUCAAGUUUCAGAAUAUCUUCGUAA